AUGCAGCGGUUCUUUGAGUGGAUCUUGGGCAGUGCCAAGGCCAAGCCGGCGCCUCGUAUCUCGGUGAUGUGCAAGCUGCCCCGGCGACCCUCCCCACGCAACACGGAGCGUUACCUUGCCCUCGACGAAGAGAAGUUCCAGGACGACUGCGGACACCACGUCACACUCCGCGGCAUCCACCUGCCCGACCGGUAUGUCGUGCACUGCACAUCAACUGAGCGCGUGUGGCGGGUCGCGUUCCGCUUGCGGUCGUACGUCUGCGCUGUUAGCGCACCCCAAGACGGUACAUUCCAGGUCGGAGCCUACAUGUGCCAGCAAGAAUGGGUGACACUUCGCGUCGCGCGCAGCGUGCUCGGCUCUGUGCUUGAGCCCCAUCCCCAUCGUGCAACUGGCGACCUCGACGGCCUUCCAAGCGCUGUGCAGCGGCACAUUUUGUCCUACUUGGACGCUACGUCCCUUGUUCGCUGCGCCCAGAUCAACCACGCCUUCCUCGGGUACCUCAACGACGAGAGCCUCUGGCGCGCCUUGCUCUGGUUCGAUUUCAAGCGAGAUGGGUCCACCCUCUUGAAGAAGCGGCGUGGGAUCAUGCUCCGCCUCGCGUCGUCGUCUACCCGCCGCCUCCGCACGCUCUCGCGCACCUUUGCGUCGUCCCGCGUUCAAGUGCUCGAGUCCGAGACCGAGUACGCGUCGCUGAUUGCCAAGCCAGAGGCCAAGAGCAUUGUGUACUUUACGGCGCCGUGGAGCGGCCCGUGCAACGCGAUCGCGCCGAUUUUCUCCGAGCUGAGCAACGCCUUUCCGAACCUCAACUUUGCCCAGCUGGACGUGCACGAGCUCGACGACACGGCGGUGGAGGCCGGCAUUCGGGAUAUGCCCACGUUCCAUUUCUAUGCCAACGGCAAGUUGCAAGAACCACUCGAGCUCGCAGGCAUCGACGUCAACCAGCUCAAGGACAACAUUCAAAAGCUUGCCGACUUGUAA